AUGAAUAACGAAGAAAUUAAUGAUUCUUCAAGUUUUACAACUAAUUCAAUAGUUGAUCCUUUAAUAUGCUCUUUUAAUAAUAUCCAUGAAACUUCAUCUUUUAUAUCCGAAACUUCAACUUUAUCAGCUGAAUCAUUUAAUAAUCGAAAAAGAACACAUGAAAAUGAUAGAAGUUAUGUAUGGAAAUAUUAUGAGAAAAAAGAAGUUAUAAAGGAUGGCAAAACCGAAUUACAAGCAUAUUAUAAAUUAAAUAUGCCUGAUG